AUGAUUGUGAUUCAAUCAGCAAAGUUGGCCAAAGAGGCAUUGCAUACGAAUGACAAAUGCAUAUGCGAUAGACCAGUAACAACUGGUAGAAAAAAGGUUACCUAUAACUUAUUAGACUUAGGGUUUGGCCCGUAUAGUGACUAUAUUAAGGAAAUGAAGAAAUUAAUUUCUACUCAUUUCAUAAGCUCUAAAAAUAUACAACCUUUUGCUAUUAUUCGAAAGGAAGAAGUCUCAAGGCUUAUUCAAAAGGUUUCUUCUCUGUCUUCUGCUUCUAAACUCAUCAACUUAAAUAAAUUGGUUAUUAGUUAUGCAAGCACAGAUGCAAGUAGGUUCAGUUUUGGCAAGAGGUACAAUGCCGAAGAAGUGUUAGGAAACAAAUAUCAUAGGCUUCUACAUGAAGUUGAAGAUAUGUUUACAGCUUUCUUCUAUAACGAUUAUUUCCCAAUUUUUGGUAAUUUACUUGAUAAGAUCACUGGAAAAUCUUCAAGGCUUGAAAGGAUUUUUAAGGAAUUAGACGCUUUUUUUGAACAAAUCAUCAACGAUCAUCUUGGUGAUAACAAGCUUAGUUCAGAGGACGAAGAUGUCGUUGAUUUUCUUCUUCGACUCAUGAAUGACAAUUCCUUUCCAUUUAAGAUCACAACGGACCAUAUUAAAGCAAUUUUUUUGGUAAUUUAA